UUACAUUUAGAACAUAAUGUCACUGUGGAAGUUGUUUGAAGGGGCCAGGUACUGUGGAGGUGUGUGUGAACACAGUCUCAAAAGAUACAAGAGAAUAAGAGAUAACAGAGAUAAGUUGGUGGAACUGGGUUUUAUGACACUAGAUGAACCACUGGAAUGUUACCGGACUAAAGAAUGGGAGGAACAUACCUCAGCCUACUCACAGUAUGAAACAUUGCUGAAUCAGUAUGAAGAUGGGUUGAUAAAACUUGAGGAGGUUGUUAAUAUUGAUCCCAGAAACCCCGCUGAGAGGUACAGCUCAGACAGUGACAAAGACAGUCCUGUAGUCAACAAGAAGAAGAAAUCUCCCAACAAAAAGAAGAAGUCCCACAAAGGGAAACAUAAGAAUGGAAGAGUUGAGACUAAAAAGAUAAAAGAAGAACAGCUGGAUUGUGUGGAAUGUGUAAGACAAGUUAAUCAGCCUGAAGAAGCUGAAGCUCCUGAAGUAGAGGAACUAGAGAUGUUCCUACACUCAGAACCUGAGUCUGUACUAGCAUUACAAGAUCUACUUGUCAACAAGAAUCUAGCUUCUCACCUCGGAGAAGGUCCUGUAGAUGUGUGUAAACUGAUUGCAGAAAACCCUGAUUUUACACAUGAAAUAUGUGAGGCUAACAUAGACUCUCUUAUGUCUGAUGAGGAGUUCUAUAAAAUUACUUGUGAGACUUAUCCUGGUGGCUGGGAGAAAUUCCUGGAGGACAUGGAGAAUGAAGAGUCCUCAGAUGAGGAGAUAGAUAGAAUUGAGCUGCCUCCUGACCUCUAUAAUGAACUUAUGUCAGACAAGAGUAAUGAUGUACCUGACGAUGAUGAGGAACAGUAUAAGUUUGGUAGAAUAAACAAGGACCAGGCAGAUACUUGUCUUGAUCGAGCACUUGAGUUGUAUGAUAACUAUCACAACAUGACUCAGGACGAGUAUAACAAAAAAGUGAAGGAGGUGCUCAAAGAUAUGGAUAGAAUUACUGUUCUAGAUAAUGAUGGCGACCAUACCAAAGCGAGUACUAACAAAAGUAACAUACAACAAAGCAAAGAAUAUGCCAGAACAACACCUGAACCGAAUGACAACUUACCCUCUUGUAGCGGUACACACAACGAUACUGAUCGUAGUGACAUGGUAACUCCAGAUAAAAGUAGCAGUAGUUAUCAUAAGAGUAUAACAGACAAUGUGAGAAUUGAUAACACAUCUGGUGUAACAACAGAGUCUGAUACCAGCUCCAGCUCUGUAACACAAACAAAGAAACUCCCCACCAUACUUAGUAACAGAGAAGUGUACGAGAAUAUUGACAAUAUUCCCCGUCCUUCUUAUUGGUUACCUGAGUCAGAACCUGACCCUGACCCUGAGAAGAAAGAAGAAGAGAUAGAUGAUUUUGAGUAUCUAGGAAUGUUGGAUGAUGGUUAUCUACUAAGCUUGUUUGACGAAGAUAAAGAAUCAGAAGAGAUGCCAAACACUGCACAGACACACAUUAGUGUUCCUACAGAAAUGACUGCUGAGAGAGAUAACAUUCAGGAAGACUUCUCCAAGACAGAACUUGAAGCAGCUGCAGGAAAAGCUUCUAAAAAUAGACGUAGUAACCCUCCUAGAGUUGCUAAAGAGGGGGUUACAUACCGUGAUGAUAACGAUAAUCUGGAGGAGGUGCUACAGUCUGAAUAUUUUUGUUGGCAGUGUAAAGAUUAUGUGAGGGGAGAAUGUGAACUACAUGGUCCUUUACUCCCCUGUUUAGAAGACAUCACCCAACCGGGAACUAAGAAGACUGCAAACUUCCCAGUACCUAGUUGUAUUGAAAUCAAAGAAUCCACAAUUCCCAGGGCUGGAGAUGGAGCUUUUGCGUCUCAGUUUAUUGAACCAGGAAGUAUAUUGGGUAACUACAAGGGAAAAGUCAUAUCAGAAAAGGAGUACAAGAAGUUAGAGUCUUCAGAUAAAGAGAGUGGAUAUGCGUGGAGAGCUGUUAGUCAGGACGGAGAUGUUAUCUAUCUAGAUGGGGCUAGUCACAGGGCUAGCAACUGGUUACGGUUUCUUAACUGUGCUCGGGGUCAAUGUGAAGAGAACGUUCUUGUAAGAAAUAUCCCAGGUGGAAUACAGUAUUAUUCGUAUAAACCUAUUGGGCUGGGAGAAGAAUUACUAGUUUUCUACGGAGAGGACUAUUUCGAAGAGUUGGGGUAUUCGUUGCAGACUGAUCUUGAAAAUGGUCAGCAAUAUCAUUGCACUGCAACUGGUUGUCUUAAGCUGUUUAAGACACAACAAGAACUGGAGACACACACAUGUGGGAAGACUCGAGGAGUAUCAGGAAAAGAGAAAGUACACAAGUGUGAUGUGUGUGGGAAGAUGUUUGCUCGAAGAGCCAAUUUAACUGCACACAUCAGGACAGUACACGAUAAGGUAGCGAGACUGAGCUGUCCUUACUGUAAAUAUAGGACUGAUCACCAACACGCUCUCACACGUCACAUGUUAACUCACAAUGGGGACAAACAGUACAAGUGUACACACUGUGACUAUGCUACUGUUCGAAAGGAGAGUCUCACUGCUCACAUCUACAAUAACCACACUAACAAGACAUACAGGUGUCGGUACAAGCAGUGUGGUGUUAAGAAACCUUCUGAACAAGAACUAUAUGAUCAUAUCAGUACAGAGCAUCCACUACAACAAUACCGAUGUGAUGUGUGUCCAAUGUCUUUUAACAGAGCAGAUAAACUUGAGACACAUAGGCGAACACAUGGUGAUCGUGAGCUAGAAUCACAACACGAGUGUAAUUACUGUGGAAAACUGUUUUUAGAAUCAUGUAGUCUGAAGAGACAUGCUCUGACACACACUGGAGAGAAACCACACAAGUGUAGUGUGUGUGGUAAGGAGUUUACUCAGAACUGUCAUUUAACUAAACACACGAGGACACACACAGGGGAGAAACCCUACUCCUGUUCUUACUGUGAUAAGAGGUUCAAUCAAAGUUGUAACAAAAACAAACAUGAAAUUACUUGCAAGAAUAAACCCUGUUAAGGAUAUUGUUAUUGGCAGUUUUGUUUUAGUUUGACGGAUUACUUUAUACUUAUUGAGCUAUUUCUUCUUAGUUAUUAUAUAAUUCUUGAUCGUUUUUUGAUUGAGUGAUUUUGAAACUAAUUGUCUGAAAACUUUGAACAAACAUUUAACUGUAGAAUAAUCGUUUUAUUGUCUCUUGACAUC